UUACAGCAGCGGCGGUGACGGCGGCGGCGGCGGCGGCAGUCGGAGCAAGAACAGCGGUAGCUCCGGGUUUUCCGGACUAGCUGUAGCCGGGCGGCAGCUCUGUGGGGCAUCUGUGCGGAGCAGAAGUAGCAGGACCAGGGGGGUGGGGUUCGUGCCGGCCACUGUCUGAGCCCGAAGGAAGGGGCACCUCCCAGACCCUUAGGAUUCCACUGCUCCGCAGAAUCUCCGAGCUGAGCUGGGAAUACUGGUGGGGUAGACAUGUACAGGACCAGCUAGACAGCUGGGGCAGGAAAACAUUUGGUCCAAGUAUAGAGAGGCAGUGAAAGCUAUGUCUGGGACCAUGGCAGCCUCCCGCGUGGACUUUGGAGAGGUGGAAACUUUCCUGGACAGGCACCCAGAGUUGUUUGAAGAUUACUUGAUGCGGAAGGGGAAGCAGGAGAUGGUGGAAAAGUGGCUGCAGAGGCACAGUCAGAGUCAGGGGGCUUCAGACCCAAGGCCCAUGCUAGCUGGCACAAGCAGCUUGGCUCACGGUGGUGGCAGAGGUGGCAGCAGCUUUGGUGGGAGCAGUGGACCAAAUGGCUCUGUCAGCAGCCAGCCCACUUCGGGUGGUGGGGACUGUGGUGGAGUUCCCCUGAGUCCUAGCUGGGCCAUUGGGAGCCGGGGCGAUGGAAGCCUGCAGCGGAAAGCUUCUCAGAAAGAGCUAAGGAAGAGUUUUGCCCGCUCCAAGGCCAUCCAUGUGAACAGGACCUACGAUGAGCAAGUGACCUCCCGGGCCCAGGAGCCCCUGAGCAGUGUGCGGCGAAGGGCACUUCUCCGGAAGGCCAGCUCCCUGCCCCCAACCACCGCCCACAUUCUCAGUGCCCUGCUGGAAUCGAGGGUGAAUCUUCCUCAAUACCCCCCUACAGCCAUGGACUACAAAUGCCACCUCAAAAAGCAUAAUGAGCGUCAGUUCUUCCUGGAACUGGUCAAGGAUAUCUCCAACGACCUUGACCUUACCAGUCUGAGCUACAAAAUCCUCAUCUUCGUCUGCCUCAUGGUGGAUGCUGACCGCUGCUCUCUCUUCCUGGUGGAAGGGGCAGCUGCUGGCAAGAAGAGCUUGGUCUCCAAAUUCUUUGAUGUGCAUGCAGGAACCCCACUGCUGCCCUGUGGCAGCACAGAGAACUCAAACGAGGUACAGGUCCCCUGGGGCAAAGGCAUCAUUGGCUAUGUCGGGGAGCACGGAGAGACGGUCAACAUCCCUGAUGCCUACCAGGAUCGAAGAUUCAAUGAUGAAAUCGACAAGCUCACUGGAUACAAGACAAAAUCAUUACUGUGCAUGCCUAUCCGAAGCAGUGAUGGUGAGAUUAUCGGUGUGGCCCAAGCAAUAAAUAAGAUUCCUGAAGGUGCUCCAUUUACUGAAGAUGAUGAAAAAGUAAUGCAAAUGUAUCUUCCAUUUUGUGGAAUCGCCAUAUCUAAUGCCCAACUGUUUGCAGCCUCAAGGAAAGAAUAUGAAAGAAGCAGGGCUUUGCUAGAGGUCGUUAAUGACCUCUUUGAAGAACAGACUGACCUGGAGAAAAUUGUCAAGAAAAUAAUGCAUCGGGCCCAAACUCUGUUGAAAUGUGAACGCUGUUCUGUUUUACUCCUCGAGGACAUUGAGUCACCAGUGGUGAAGUUUACCAAAUCGUUUGAAUUGAUGUCCCCAAAGUGCAGUGCUGAUGCUGAGAACAGUUUCAAAGAAAGCAUGGAGAAGUCAUCGUACUCCGACUGGCUGAUAAAUAACAGUGUUGCCGAGCUGGUGGCUUCUACAGGCCUCCCAGUGAACAUCAGCGAUGCCUACCAGGACCCCCGCUUUGAUGCCGAGGCUGACCAGAUAUCUGGUUUUCACAUAAGAUCUGUUCUCUGCGUACCUAUUUGGAAUAGCAACCACCAAAUAAUUGGAGUGGCUCAAGUGUUAAACAGACUUGAUGGGAAACCUUUCGAUGAUGCGGAUCAACGACUUUUUGAGGCUUUUGUCAUCUUUUGUGGACUUGGCAUCAACAAUACAAUUAUGUAUGAUCAAGUGAAGAAAUCGUGGGCCAAGCAGUCCGUGGCUCUUGAUGUGCUGUCUUACCAUGCGACAUGCUCAAAAGCUGAAGUUGACAAGUUUAAGGCAGCCAACAUCCCCCUGGUGUCGGAACUUGCCAUCGAUGACAUACAUUUUGAUGACUUUUCUCUCGACGUUGAUGCCAUGAUCACGGCUGCUCUUCGGAUGUUCAUGGAGCUGGGGAUGGUACAGAAAUUUAAAAUCGACUAUGAGACAUUGUGUAGGUGGCUUUUGACAGUGAGGAAAAAUUAUCGAAUGGUUCUGUACCACAACUGGAGACAUGCCUUCAACGUGUGCCAACUGAUGUUUGCGAUGUUAACUACCGCCGGGUUUCAAGAGAUUCUGACCGAGGUGGAAAUUCUAGCGGUGAUUGUGGGAUGCCUGUGUCAUGACCUCGACCACAGGGGAACCAACAAUGCCUUCCAAGCUAAGAGUGGCUCUGCCCUGGCCCAGCUCUAUGGAACCUCCGCUACCUUAGAGCAUCACCAUUUCAACCAUGCCGUGAUGAUCCUUCAAAGCGAGGGUCACAACAUCUUUGCUAAUUUGUCCUCCAAGGAAUACAGUGACCUUAUGCAGCUUUUGAAGCAGUCAAUACUGGCAACAGACCUCACGCUGUACUUUGAGAGGAGAACUGAAUUCUUCGAACUUGUCAGUAAAGGAGAAUAUGAUUGGAACAUCAAAAACCAUCGUGAUAUAUUUCGAUCAAUGUUAAUGACAGCCUGUGACCUUGGAGCCGUGACCAAACCGUGGGAGAUCUCGAGACAGGUGGCUGAACUUGUAACCAGUGAGUUCUUUGAACAAGGAGAUCGGGAGAGAGCAGAACUCAAACUCACUCCGUCAGCUAUUUUUGAUCGGAACCGGAAGGAUGAGCUGCCUCGGUUGCAACUGGAGUGGAUUGAUAGCAUCUGCAUGCCUCUGUAUCAGGCGUUGGUGAAGGUCAAUGUGAAACUGAAGCCGAUGCUGGAUUCGGUGGCUGUGAACAGAAGUAAGUGGGAAGAGUUGCACCAGAAAAGGCUGCAAGUCUCGGCUGCCUCUCCCCCCUCUGCCAGCCUCAUGGUCACCGGGGAAGACAGAAACUAACCCUCCAGGUCAGCCACUGCUGCAAAAUGACCGUGUCCUGAAGAGCCAGCUGCGGUCCCGCCACAUCGUUCUUUUGUUCCUUUGAGCUCGAACAGACGUAAAGUCUCAGGGAUGUGCUGGGGUGGGGUGGGGGUGCCUGGGCUCUCACCUUGGCUGUGGUCAGCAGAAAGGACAAGGGGGGGCAGGGAGCACACUCCAGGACCCUCACCUUUCCCUGCGAACACGUGUGGACUGAGCCGAAGAUUCUGGACAGAGGACUUCUGUGGAUCCAGCACCCAAGGACAGUUGACCCUGCUUACUCUGAGCCGAGAGAACACCGAGCAGUGAAGACGUCAUUACACGGCUUCAUUUUGUGUAUGGCUGUUCUGUCUGUUCCAAGCCAAACAAUGCCUGCCUCUGCAUCCUCUCCUGAGCCCUAUUUUGUGCCAGGCUGUCCCAAGAAUCCCAAUUUGUAUUCUGUAGAGAUAUUUUAUUUUUAAUCCUAAAGCUUCUUAAUGAUGGAUCAGAGCCUUUAGAAUUGCCUACGUAAAAGAUAAACUAUAUUAUCCUUACAAUUACCAACCAUUCCCAGUUUUCUCCAAAAAGACCCGUAGUAGAAAGACAGCAAAUGUGUUUGUCUGACUGGUGUUUAUACAAGAUUCAUAACACUGCACUGGGAUUGUGGUCCCUCUUUUCAGUUUUUUAAUUCAGCCUUCAAUGUAGACCUCCUCUUCCCAGAAGAAAUGGAUUAACAGACUUUAAUUAAAAUAAGGAUGAAAAGAAAUCUAUAGGUGGAUUUACCACAAGUGACACAUGGACAUUCAGAACUGUCUCCAACAGUGAGACAUUUCACAGGACACAGCAGAGCCGUGGUGAAUGACCACUGACUACCUUGAGUUCUCCUAGUGAUGAGUUUUGGUAUAAAAUUAAAGGUUACUACCAGUACAAACCUAAUGCCAAAUGGAGGGGUCCCUAGUUUUGGAUUUUUCCUUUAAGCUUAAGAUAUAAUGCUUGAAAGGUAAAGAAAAAACAGACUGGGUAGAGGACAAAUAUUCUAUAGAAAACUACGUUUAUAAUAGGUAAGCAUAAGCUGUAAUAAAGAGAUGCAAUGACUGAAAAGCGACUUUACUCCCCAUUUCACCUGAGAGAGUGAGGACAUGGUAGGUCUCAGCCAAAGAGCACUGGCCUGGAGGCUAGACUUACACCCUAGCCUUGGCAUUAUGCACUAGAUGGCUUGGGACAAGUCACUGAACUUCUCCCAGGCGUUUUCCUUGUUUGUCAAAUGAGAUUACACUAGGAAAUUAUUUUCAAACAUGAUUUAACCUUAGAACUCUUUGUUCCAAUAAAUCUUACAAAUAACCCCACAGAUAUAAAACAUCUAAAAGCCUAAGUCCUCUGAGGGUUUGAGGGUUGGGGGAGCCAGAGCCCCUACAAAUCCUUACCUCUUUGAUUACAUACAUGGUGGCCUAAGGGGGCGCUGAAGAGUUUGAAAAAAUCCCUGGACCAGAUGACUCCUGAAGUCCAUUCCAGCUCUGAAAAAUCGAAAAUUUACAAACCAUUUUUGUUCUUGUUGUUACUGGUCAGUAUCAGUUAUUAACUUUACUACUCAAAUAUUGAAGAAAUAGGGGCCAAGCUCUACCAAGGACAUUGUUUUCCAGGCACAUAGUAGACAUUCAGGAAAUGUUUCAAGGAUGGGUAAAAACCAAAGGUGAAGUGGGGGAGGGAUAAAUUAGGAGUAUGGGAUUAAGAGAUACACACCACCAUACAUAAAAUAGAUAAAUAACAAGGAUUUACUGUAUAGCAUAGGGAACUAUAUUCAAUAUCUUGUAAUAAACUAUAAUGGAAAAGAAUUGGGGAAAAAAGAAUAUAUAUAUAUUUAUAUGUAUAACCUAAUCACUUUGCUGUACACCUGAAACUAACACAAUAUUGUAUGUCUACUAUAUUUCAAUUUUUUAAAAAAAAGAGUGGAUAAAUUAAGGUACCAAAACGGAAAUGAGGGAAGAACAGAUAUUAGGGAAGAAGUAAGAUUCUAUAUGGCCAGAAAUAAAAGAAAAUUAUAAACCAGGCAAAUGGGAGGAAAGGAGAAGGAAGAAAAUGAGGAGGAGAAGCAAAGGAAAACAACUAAUAAAGAUAGGGACCAAGGCAGGUGGUAAGAGAACUGCCAGAGGAGAGGUGAAAGUCAACCCAAACAAAGAGAAAUGGCACUUCUAACCCAAAAAAUGAAGGUCCAGAAUCCUGUCAACAAUUGCUUAGAAAAGAAUGAUACUUGAGCAGGGAAGGGUUUGACAAAAGAGAGGAGGAAGGAGUGGGAGCCCUAAAAAAUAAUGUUCCCAGCUACCCUUUACAGCUGUCUCUGCAGGGAAGACGGGAUAAACAGGAGGAGAAAAUGAGUGCAGGCAAAACUGCCUCCACAGAGCAGGUAAGAGAAGGUUGUUCAGAUUUAUGGAUUUUAUUAAGCCCAUUUUCUGAAUCACUAUGCUGUAAAGGAAAAUAGCUUCUGCCGGGCUGUCUCCCCUCCUUCAGGUGAGGAACAAAGGGUGGGUGGAGGUAGGGACAGACCCUGGUCGUGUGUCCGCAGCUCGGAAGCACUGCAGGUGUUUCUAGCUAUUGUGUCACAUCUUGUUUAUAUCACAAACGGGAAUUGAAAAAUCAGUCCAUGUGAGGCAGAGAUGAACCCACAUCUGUCAUCCUCCCCAACAAUAAAUAAAUAAAUAGCCCAGACAGACGCAUGCCAGUCUAUCUGGAGCAACGUUUGAAAGCAUGCGCUUUAUGAUAACACUAGACCCCGGGUCCGAUGGAGACUGCAGGCAGCUACAAGCACUGUAGCCACCCUGAACGUUGAUGCUGCAUAUUGCUAAGGGGAACGUAAUUUAUAGCACAAACCCUGCGGCUUCCACUAAGGUUGAAUUUUCCUCUCGUUUCCUUGCCUUUUUAUUGGCUUCACUGCACGGUUGCCAAUAGCAACGUCUACUGGUAGCAAGGGGAGUUCAACACCAUUGCAAUCUGCCAUACAGUGGAGCCCUGACAAUGUCAACCAUCAAUCAAGUGGCUGUUUGUAAUUGCCUCCAUCUAUUUUUCCUGUCUCGGGGUUAUCUUUCCUAUGGUGGGUCAAAAUUCAGAAACUGCUGACUAAUGCCCUGGGUCUAUUCCUCCACGACCAUGAAGCAGUAGAAAAGGAGGGGAGCAGCCUUUCUGGUGCCAGCAACCCACCGGGUUAAAGGUUGAACUCUUGGGAGUUUGAGGUAUUUUUAAAUCCCUUUUCUAAACAAUGUUGAAUUUUCCAAGAAUUUGAGCUAUAUGUGGUUACCUAUAUGUCCUAUUUUUCCAAAUUAGAGAAAGAGAAAAUUUCCCAGUCCUUAUAAUUAGUGUUUAUUUCCUGCUGGAGGAAGGCAUUUGAAAUGGGAGCCUUCUAAGAAAGCCUCCAACUGACCAGAAUGAUGUUUGCUUCCUCCAGUCUCUUGGCAUUAAUGGUUGAAAUGACUUCAUCCUACUUUCUCCACGAGGUGUAUAUUUUCCAGGCAGGCUAUUUAUUCUUUUAUUAGUAGUAUGUGGAUAACACAUGCACAACCUACAAUGUAGCUGGCCAUGCCGGCCAAGAGGGACAGCUUGGCAAACGUAAACGGCACCACCCAGUGCACAGUGGAUGGGGCUCCCAGCUGGCUUGGCCAUCGGCUGGACCUAUUAUCUUGGGACUCAUAGGUCUCGGGUUUUCCACCUGUGAAAUAAAAGCACUGACUUUCAUUCAGUUCAUUUCUACACCAAAGGACCAAGCUGUAUUUAACUUUUAAAGAUGUGUCCAUAUAACUGUCUUAUUUACUUACUCUUCUCAAACAAAAUAGGAGCAAAGAAGUCAUCUUCUCACUAAAGAUAAAAUAAAAAGUUACAUACAUGGUGUAGAUAUAAAAACAUCCUUGCCACACACGUCUGAGCCUGCCUUUAGUGAUCACGAAAAAUAUGAUCAUCAGUACAAUUUUUUUAAAAUAUACCCUUUUAUUUCAAAAAGGACAAUUUUAGAUUACCUCAUAUCAAUAUCCCGUAAAUAGUAGUCAAUUUAAUUUAGAAGUAAAUUCAUACAGUGAGUCCAAAGAAAUUAAAACUGCACAUGUGUUUUCCGUCUACAUAUUUCCAGGUAUUUUAUAUUUGCAUACAUGUUGGGUUGGGUUAGAAAUAAUCUUUAAAAUUUUUUAGUGAAGUAACACUAUCUAACAUUAAUACAGGAGUUAAGCAGAUUUUUUCAUGUAUCAGAAUUUCUCAUAUUUUAUCUACUUACCUUAGGUCAUUAAACAGAGUCUGCUCAAUUUACUUUGUGGGAGAAUUAUUUUAAAAUCCAUUUCUCCUGAUGACUCUUAAUGAAUUGCAGAAAGAUAAAAUACAGUUUCAUCCCCAAUAAUAGUAUGAAACAACUCCCUUCAAGCAGGACAAAAAUCUAAACAUGUUAAGGGAAGAUUUAAAUCUUAAAAAAAAAUGUUUUGGCUGGGAAAAAAUAAACACUCAAAAAGGAUUCAUUAAAGCAACAGAACAAAACCUAACUUGGGAUCCUCAAAAACCCUAGCAAUGCAAAGUCAUGAAGUUGCAUCGUCUGCUUCAGAAUAGUUGUCUCUGAAGCUGUUGUUCUGUCACGCGCUAAGAACUCCAGGAACUCAAAUGUAGCAGGAAAUUUAAAGGUUCAGUCUGACUACAAGAAGGCCAAAAUUUCAUAAGUUCCAUAAGUGAGCAAUAAUAGAAUAAAACACACAGGCGGCAGAACUAAAAUGGCGUGUCUGGGGAGUUUCUUGGUGAGCACUUGGAUUUAGCAAUGCCUGACGUUCUGCUUACAUUGCUCAGGUACCUUUCCCGCAGCUGGCAAUUUGGGUUGUACAUCUUUUCUAAUUUAAAUUUGAAUGUUCUUGCAUAUUUAGUCCAUCUCUCAACAGUGCUGAAGAUAAGUUACUUACCUGGGUAGCAUAUCUGUACCAAUGUCGUUGAAUGUACACACUGGUACAGAAAUAUGUUUUACUAAGUAAAUGAAGCAUUUGCUAUAAAAAAAAUGUGUUAUUUGAAGCCAUCAUUUAUCUUUGUGUUCAUUUCCUGUGUAUGUGUGUGUAUUAGAAUCUCGAUUUUCCCCUUAAGUUUAGUUUAAUCAUAUUUAGAUGAAUUUUUAAAAAACAGAAACAGCAGUGUAUAGAAACUGGAGUUUAGGUUUUGUCAACUCCACUCCCUUAGGGGAAAAUGCUUUUGCCGUUUUAUUUGGAUGUACUAUAAUCUAAAAAAGAUCCCCUACUGAUUUACUUCCUUAUUAUUUAUUAUUUUACACAAAAGAAGGGAAAUUAUGUCUUCAAUUGUGUUGUUUGAAGUCACUCCCUUUGUGUUGAUUUCCCAAGCUGAUGUUUCAUUAUAAGAACAUUAUUAUCAUUAUUUAGACUGCUUGGCCAUUUCACAAGCAACUAAUCCAUAAUUUUGAAACAGUUUGCUUUAAGACACCUAAAUGUCUGUGUUUUUAAUAAAAGGCUUAAAGUUUAA